CCUAAUCCCACCAUCACCAAUUCCCUGAGACCCCUGGUUCACCCAGGCGAUGUCGCACAAAUAAUAGCAAUCUGUCACCGAACUCAGAUAUACCUGUCUACCUAAUCCCCACCCACCAUGGCCGUCUUCUCACUCAUCAUCAUCAAUAAAGCCGGUGGUCUAGUCUACCAGCGCGAAUUCCAGCCCGGCCUGCGCAAGCUUUCUACAAAUGAUUAUCUCGUCUUAGCUGGUACAUUUCACGGUGUUCAUGCCAUUACUCGCACGAUAACUCCCAAGCUCCCCCUCUCGACGGCUUCCACGACAGCAACUACCCCGACUUCCUCCAAUAUCCCCUCAACCCCUGGCACACCCACUCCCACUACUCCGGCAUCAGCGUUCACAUUCCCCAACCCGGGGAUCCCAGCGACGGGUCUCGAAAGCCUUGAAACGGAUAAGUUCCGAUUGACAUGUUUCCAGACGUUGACGGGGACAAAGUUCCUUCUAUUCACGGAUCCGAUGAUGGGGAAUAUCGAUGUUGUUAUGAAGAAGGUAUACGAGCUGUAUGCGGACUAUGUGAUGAAGAACCCGUUCUAUCAACUCGAAAUGCCGGUCAGGUGUGAGGCGUUCGAUCGACAUCUGGCGGGGUGGUUGAGGGGGAGGACCUGAUCAUUCCUUUGAUUUCUUCUCUUGAUCGUGUUGGAGGCAAUAGACUGCUGGAAGGUCGAUUUGUGGUGACGUUAAUGACGCAUUUUGAUGACGAUUGUCCUGGUUGUAAUUACAUAUUUUCUUUUUCGUGCUUGUUGGUCAUGAA